GAAAUUAUACGGAGCGCAUUUAUUGCGGACCGUGGACCCCAAAAAACUGUUUCCGGGUCAAAAGUGGUUUGUGGCUAACGCUCAAUCUCCGUCGCUCAGUUAUCCACAGGACGGAUUAACCCAAAUCCCGGAACAGGAUGGAUGGUGAGGAGAGAACCUACGGUGGCUGUGAAGGGCCAGAUGCCAUGUAUGUGAAGCUCAUCUCCUCAGACGGCCAUGAAUUCAUUGUGAAAAGAGAGCAUGCCUUGACAUCUGGAACCAUCAAAGCCAUGUUAAGUGGGCCAGGGCAGUUUGCCGAGAACGAAACCAACGAGGUGAACUUCAGGGAGAUCCCGUCUCACGUCCUCUCCAAGGUCUGCAUGUAUUUCACCUACAAGGUCCGCUACACCAACAGCUCCACAGAAAUCCCCGAGUUCCCCAUCGCUCCCGAGAUUGCCCUGGAGCUGCUCAUGGCUGCAAACUUUUUGGAUUGUUAAAAGUUACGAAAAGAUGUGAAAACAGGAAACUUUUUCUUUCUUUUUUUUGUUUCUUUUUUCAGUAUUUAAUAGUCUUACCAUUUGUUUCACAUAUGUUUUUGCUCCUUGUCUACUGUCAUGGUUUCCCUUGUAUUAAUAAAAAAAAAACGUCAUUUUAACAUGGAAGCCAGGAAAAAGGGGGUAAUUGCACCUUCCACAGAAAAGUCCUCAUCUCCAUAUUAAUAAAGACCUAUUUGAUGAGCACCUUU